AAGAAAAAAGAAAAGAAAAACACACACACACAAAUUGGAAAUUUAUUUAGAUAACGCUGCAGAAAAAAUCAUCCAUUUCUUUCAGCUUCCGCCAUCGAUAUUCAAAGCAACUUCCAUGGCUAUUUCUUCACUCUCUGCUACUAUAAUUCCAUCUCCUACUCUAUUUACUUCUUUAUCAUCCCAUUCUUCUAAACCCAAAUUUCUUCCCUUUCCUGGUUCAUCUUCUACUGCUUUGAAGCUCAAACCCCUUCAAUUUUCCUUGCCAUCCACAAGGGUUUAUGCUGCUCCUGAAGUUCUAGACUCCUCCGAUACCAUUGAACCACCUCCGGAAAUCUUGGAGGGCUCUGGAGUUGCCACUCUCGAGGGUGAAGAUUUUGAGGUUCCUGGGACUUCAGCUCUCAGCAUUGGUGAGGAUGUGGAUAAGCUGGCGCCGAAGCAGAAAAUUAGAAUUAAACUAAGGUCUUACUGGGUUCCACUCAUUGAAGAUUCUUGCAAGCAAAUAAUGGAUGCUGCAAGGAAUACAAAUGCAAAAACCAUGGGUCCUGUGCCAUUACCUACAAAAAAGCGCAUUUAUUGUGUUCUUAAAUCCCCUCAUGUUCAUAAGGAUGCAAGAUUCCAUUUUGAAAUCAGAACCCACCAACGCCUCAUUGAUAUUUUGUACCCUACUGCCCAAACGAUUGAUUCUUUGAUGCAACUCGACCUUCCAGCUGGUGUUGACGUGGAGGUCAAGCUAUGAAGAGAACAGCUUCACCUAGGUAAUGGGUUUCUGAGGAUGUAACUACUUAAAUAUAUCAGAGCCUGAAAUUGUGUAGACGGUAACUGUGGAACAGGUCAUAGAAGCGAUAGCUGGUGCUUACAGUAUGCUUCUCUUUGCUUGAAUUUCUGUGCCAACUUGGAAAUGGGAGCAAUGGAAAUAUAGGACUGUUAAAAUCACAUUUUCCUUUUUGUUAGUUCUUUUGCUGCUUUGCAGUCUCUUGUCAAUCAUUUGUAUUAACCCUGUUUUGUAUUUUUUGGGUACUUAAUGGAACAAUGAAAAUAGUUGAAUUCAAUGCAUCAACCAAGGUUUGAAAUAUCAA